CCUCAACAGCCGCCGCGGAGGAGGGAGGAGGCCGGGCGGCCCGCCGUCGUCGUCGGUGAGGAGAAGUGAGGAGAAAGGAGGGCGGAGGACUGAAGGCGAGGCUGCCGCCGCCUCGGCCAGGCGGCCGCGGCUCCUUGAGAUCCUGGAAAAAUGUCUGAAAAUUCCAGUGACAGUGAUUCAUCUUGUGGCUGGACUGUCAUCAAUCAUGAGGGAUCGGAUAUAGAGACGGUGAACACGGAACAUGCCGGAGCCAGCGACAACAUCGAGCUCGCCUCUGAAGGAUAUGCGGUUUCAUCGGAACAGCAAGAUGAGCCAUCGGAUCUGGGAGAAAGCAACCAAGGUGACACAGUGCCCAUGGAAGAAACUGGUUUUUCUGCUUCAGAGGAAACCAAGUCAGCUUUUGAGGCUAAAAGAGAGAAAUCACCUGAGGAUAAUGUCUGUUUUGGGGCUAUCAGUGAUGAUUCUGAUAUUGUGACUCUUGAACCACCCAAACUGGAAGAAACUGAAAUCCAGGAAGAGACUGAAGUUGUUGAUGAGGAAGUUCAAGGACCUGAAGAUUUUAACAUGGGCUCUUCUUCUAGCAGCCAGUAUACAUUCUGUCAGCCAGAAACUGCCUUUUCGGCCUCCCGGAGCGGCGAUGAGUCGAGCAGCGACGAAGCCAGCCCCGGGCCCAGCGUCACGGUGAGGCGCCGCCGGGCCCGGAAGAAGACGGUUUCCAGUUCGGAGUCGGAGGACCGGCCGCCGGCGGAGCAGGAGACGGAGCCAGCCAAAGAGGAGCCGCCUCGCCGCCAGUUCAGCAGCGGCCUCAACCGCUGUAUCAUCCUGGCCCUGGUGAUGGCCAUCAGCAUGGGCUUUGGCCACUUCUACGGCAAACCUAAAGGUACGAUUCAGAUUCAGAAACGGCAACAGCUGGUCGAAAAGCUACAUGAGGAUGAACUAAAUGACAUGAAGGAUGAUCUAUUCCAGUGCCAGCAAGAACAAGGAUCUUUUGUCAACCACAGGUCCCUAGAAGAAACCCAUGCAACGUGUCUGACCCUGUCUGAAGAAGAGAAGAUGUCGUUUGAAACUCAGAAAGAAAGCCUCGUGACCGAAAAUCAGCAUUUACGCGUGUCUCUAGAGAAAGAAGAGAAAGCCCUAUCCUCCUUACGGGACGAGUUAAGGAAGCUGAGGGAACAGGUCAGGAAUCUGGAAGACAGAGGAACGAGCACAGACUCGAUGGCGACCGAAAACGAGAAACUGAAGCAGCAUCUGGAAGAAGAGAAGCAAAAAACUCAGAGUUUUCUUCGGCAGAAAGAGACGCUGUUGGCCGAAGCGCAGGUGCUGAGGAAGGAGUUGGACAAAGAACGCCAGACGACCUCCGCUCUAAGACGGGAGCUGGAACAGCUGAGUUCGAGUCCCCCGGCAGAUAAGCCGGGGCCGGCGGAGACGCCGCCCGAGGACGACGAACUAGAAACCUUACGGGGAAGGCUGAGCGAGUUGGAACGGAAGCUGAACUUCGAGCAGCAACGCUCGGAUCUGUGGGAACGACUGUACGUGGAAGCGAAGGAUCGAGACGGGAAGCCGGAAGCGAACGAGAGAAAGGCCGGCUUCGCUAAGGGGGCCCACCGGGCCAAGAGGAGACCCAAAGACUCGUUCUUUGGCUCCGUCAAGGAGACCUUUGACGCCAUGAAGAAUUCGACCAAGGAGUUUGUGAGGCACCACAAAGAGAAGAUUAAGCAGGCCAAAGAAGCGGUGAAGGAAAACCUGAAGAAGUUCUCCGACUCGGUCAAGUCGACCUUCAGGCACUUCAAAGACACCACCACGACGAUCUUCGACGAGAAGGGGAAUGCGAAAUACGACGACCGGCGCCCCGAAGCGCCCCGGAGAGCGCGGGCCGUGUACCGCGACCACGUGUACCCCCAGCAUAAGGCCCCUCCCCGAAGCGCCUCGCCCCGGGGCCCCCGGCCCCCCAGGGAAGGGAGACAGCCGAAGCCGGCCUCCGGGGAAACCCCCGAGAGAGACCCGCGAAAACCCCCCAAGUGCAACCGUGGCCAGUACUGUGGCACCAACCGUUACUCCCUGACCAAGGGCUGUUCCGGCGUAUUGGACUGUGCCCGUCAGGAAUCCGUCAGCCUUUUUAACAAAGUAUUGGACCCCGUCAAGGUAGACGAAUUUUAUCAGUUAAUGCACAGAUAUUUGCAGCAAGAAGUAGCCGACUUCCAUCACUGGGGCGAACUUGAACGAUUUAUCAAUAAGUUUUUCCAUAACAAUGUCUUUAUACACGAUCAGAUGCUGUUCACUGACUUUGUUAAUGAUGUUAAAGAUUAUCUCGAAGACAUGAAGGAAUAUCAAAUAGAUAAUGAUGAAGUUUUUGAGGAUUUGGAUGACUAUAUAUAUAGACACUUCUUUGGUGACACUUUUUCACCUCAGUAUGGACCCAGUCGACCCGAUAAGCGUCGUUCGGUAAACCUUGAAAACGCCAAGCACCGAAAACAAGAGCUGCAGCGUCCCCAGCCACAGCGUGCUAAACGGGAAGGUAAAUGGCACAGACACGACCGUACCCACGGAAGGCACAUGGCCAACCUUGAGAUUGAACUGGGGCAGUUACCGUUUGACCCAAAAUACUGAGCGGCAGGAUCUGAACCCGCCCCCGUUUCUCAGAGGAACCCCCGAGGGAGGUGGAUGCUCCGGCCUCUUCGACCUUUAAAGCGAAAGAAAUUGAAGUUUUAUCUCCGAGAAGGCGUCGUCUCUCAUCUCGUAUUCGGUGACUUAAAUGCUGUUACUCCCGAGCUUCUUAUCUUGCAUUUCUCCUAGUUUCGCUUUGCUGACGUUCUUGGCGAUGGCAAUAAUCACUCGGUCGCGGUUUUUUUUUUUUACGACGUCGGAAGGCGGGCAUGCGGUAGUUUGGGGCGUGGGAUGAGGCUUUCGUUGCAGUUUAAUGGAAAGCAAGCUCAGAGCGUACCCGACCUACAGAUUAACACCGUGUGACGUGUUCGACUUAAUGUAAACCUCCUUUUUGAAAACGUACUUGAAGCGGGGCGGGGGGCGGCUCAUCUGUUCACGUUGUGUGAUCUGACUCUUGCUUCUUGUCUUUCGUGGGGACGUGGGGAGAAUUGUGCUCCAUUCAGAUGAGCUUGCUGCCUUCUUCACUCUGUGAGAUUCCUUGCCCGGCCGACUGUUGCGGAAGGAUAAAUAAAGUAACGCUAUGGGUUUAAAAAAAAAAAA